AUUAAUGUCCAUGAGCAUAUCAAAAGUUUAUCUAGCAAUCCAAAAAAUUAUGUUUCUUGCUAUAAUGGAUAUAUUGUUAAUGGAUUCCGAUUUCACACUGCCCUCUAUGGUAGAAAUAAGUGAACAAUGAAUUGUGGUGUUUGUGUUGUCGGAUUUAUUGCAAGGCAAGUUUAUUACACACCAUACCCAUCUAUUAAUCAUGAAAGAAGGGGAUGGAUUGCUGCACUUAAAAUUAAAGCUAAGAGUAUCAUUGAGGCUCUUGAGAAUAAAGAUGACCAACAAGAAGGGUUGACACCAUAUUUCCAAGAUGAUGAGCCUCCUAUUCCUCAACAUAUAAAUAUUGAUGACAUUGCUUAUGAACCCAUGCAAUGUUCUGAUGGGAGGUUUAUUGAAAUACAUGAAGAAGCUGAUGUUGGGGAAGGGAUUGGGGAAAAGGAUGAAGAAGGAGAAUGGGAAGAUUUUGAGACAUCAGAAGAAGAAAACAUAGAAACAUAUGUUGAGGAGAAUGAUAGUAGUGAUGAGUAGGCAAUAAUAUUGAAACUAUUGAAACUUAUUAUUAUAUUUAUGGUUACUUCUUGCUUGUCUUUACUUUUAUAAUUAUAUUAGUUGUAUUAUAUGUUAUUUAAUUUAAAAUUGUAUAACGUUAAUAUUACUUUGAAGUUAAUAUUUGCUUAUUUAUACUUCUAUAAUUGUAUUAGUUGGAAUAAAAUUUAUAUGUUUAU